UGUCGCCGCUUUUGGACCAAUUUUUGUUUAGAAUUUGAAAUUUUGCAUUUUAUGCAAUGGUUAAGGUGGAUGUAGAGUACUGCGGUGUGUGCAACUUUAAGCUGCAGUGCCAGCUGCUGCGGCAGUUCCUACUGGAGGCAGCCGCACCCGGCGGAGAUUUGGAGGUGCUCUGCCAUGAGGGCAGACGCGGGGCCUUUGAGGUGACCAUCGAUCAGCAGCUGGUGCACUCCAAGCUGUCCACCCUGGCCUUUCCCGACCACCAGAGUGUGCUGCAACAGGUGCAGCGGGCAGCGAGCGGCGAAACCCUCGAAACGGUCCAAGCGGCACCCAUCAAAGAUUGCAUUUUAAUGUAAUUUGCAUACAGGAUUUAUUCUUAAAUUAAA